GAUGACUAGCCAGAGUAGCACUGGGCAGCCGCUGCUACACACAGUGCACAGGUUACUCUACGCUAGGGGCAACGCGUGAUGGAUCCAUCAGCCCAAGAACGGCCACCGUCGCCCUCAACCUCUGUCUCGGACGCGGAGGCAGCAUCGCAACAAUGGGGCACCUCUGACGAGGAAGAUGCCGUUGACAUUUCGCGAGAUGGCACUAGUGCCCCAGCUGUAGCAGGUGCAGCCCCACGCGCUGGACACAGAGCACCCAUGCCUCCUGCAGCUCGCUCAAGUCCAGUGCCGCCUGAGACUUCGUUUAAUCUUUUGUUCGAACAACCUUGUAUAGUGUGUGGUUCGAACGAACCUCAUUGUAUUGCCCCUUUUCAUUUGGCUGAGGAUGGACAAGUGGUGCCUGUGCAAAUAUCACCCAUGGAUCUUCCUCCAGCAACAAGCGCUGCAUCCCAAGUGGCAGGGAGAGUGGGUGGACCGUUAAUGCCUGCACAGAUGCCGGUACCUUCUGAACGCCAAAGUCAGAAACAGGUACCUCACACAGCAGCUCCUCCCUCUGCGUGUGAACAAGCGAAGCUGGUUUCUGAUCCUUACAUGGGCCUGAAUGUGCAUGUCCAGCAGCAACCAGAACGAGAGGAGGAGCAGCAGCAGCAGCACUACCACCACCUAACCAGUCACAUUCCUCAACAGCAGCUGAUAGCUGCUAUGAUACGUUACCAGCAACAGCUGCAGCAGAGGGCUGCAAUGGUGAGACAACCUCAAUUACAGCAACCGCGGUUUGCUACCAUGGUGAGACAUCCAGAACCUCAACCACGUCAACAACAGAUGCGUGCCGCAGUGAGACAACCACGACGACGUCAACAGCGGGUAGUUGCUGUGGUGAGCCAACCAGGACGGCAGCAACAGCAGAUGGCUGCCAUGGUGAGCCGACCACGACAGCGACAACGGACAGCUGCCACAGUGACCCAGCCACAGCAACAGUGGGUGGCUGCUAUGGUGAACAGACCACAACCACAGGGGACAGUUGCGAUUGUGAGCCAACCACAAAUAAAACAGCAGCAGGUAGCUGCUGUGGUGAGCCAACCACAACCACAGCAUCAGCAGGUGAUUGCUAUGGUGAACCGACCACAAUCACAGCCACAGAGGACAGCUGCAAUGGUGAGCCAACCACAAAUACAACAACGGCAAGUAACUGCUGUGGUGAGACAACCACAGCAACAGCGGAUGGCUGCUAUGGUGAACCGACCACAACCACAGCCAGGGACAGCUGCAUUGGUGAGCCAACCACAAAUACAACAACAGCAGGUAGCUGCUGUGGUGAGCCAGCCACAACCACAGCAAAAGCGGAUGGCUGCUAUGGUGAACCGACCAAAACCACAGCCACAUGGGACAUCUGCGAUGGUGAGCCAACCACAACAGCAGCAGGUACCUGUGGUUGUGAGCCAGCCGCAACCACAGCAACAGGGGACAGCUGUAAUGGUGAGCCAAUCACAUACGCAACCACGGCAGCAACAGCAGAUAACUGCUGUCGUCGUGAGCCAACAACAACCACAGCAACAGCAGAUAGCUGCCAUGGCGAUGCAACCACAACAGCAGGAAUGAUGGCUACAAUGGUGGCCCAACAGUAACAACAACAACAACAACAACAUGUGGCUACCCUGGCGUGGCAGCAGCAGCAGCAGCCGCCAAACGAGUACCAGGCAACUGCCAUUAUGGUAUCACAGCAGAUGCUAGUUUGUGUCUAGACAACAGCAGCAGCAUCAGUGGAAGUAUCAGCAGCAUAAAUGUCAGCUGCAACUGACAAGAGUUCUAACGAUUCUGUAGAAGCAAGCAGCAGAGGCAGGAAGAGGAUGGGCCACCAAACAGUUUUCGCUGCUGCUGAGCCGGGACACUGGCCGGAUGCUGACCUGGUGGCUGACGGACUGUCGCUUGCGAGGGACACGUGGCGGCUACGUGAGUCGCUGUCCCACAUCGAUUACGAGUGUGGUUGCGCAUCGACAGUGACAUUCUCUUUUAUUCUUACUGCUAUUCUUUUAAAUUUUAAAUAGUUGUCAUAAGUAAAACGUGCGCCCAUUUGGCGCAAAAAAUUAUCGCUUUUAAAUUAAGCAUCCAUAUCUAUACCCAUAUCCAUAUCUAUACCCAUAUCCAUAUCUAUAUCCAUAUCUAUACCCAUAUACAAAUCCGGCAUGUCUAUGUAAUCCGCUGCAAACACACUCUCAAUUGUAAAAUCGACCUCACUGUGGUAAAAUUUAGUGAGAGUCACCAGAGUAAAUGAAGUACAUACACAUAUCAAAAACGUUUUGCAUCACCCUUUUUCCCAGAACUGCGGAAGAUAGACGUUGAUUGUGGAUAUUGUCUCACAGAUACAGUCCCUUUGAUUGUACAGAGAUGUCACUAAACCGGCCCAAAGCUGUAAACAACGAUGCAUGAGCAGCGCCUAUUAAACGGAGGGAGUCUGAGAGCCGAUAAGUUCCAGUCGUUCCACUAGGGAGGAGGUAAACGGCUCGUGUUGUCCAACCACGUCUAGACAGUCAGUAUCGUGGUUCGAUGGCGUCCGCAUUGUUACUUUGUACCAGGAAGGGCUUUCAACAAGGGAAGUGUCCAGGCGUCUCAGAGCGAACCAAAGCGAUGUUGUUCGGACAUGGAGGAAAUACAGAGAUACAGGUACUGUCGAUUACAUGCCUCGCUCAGGCCUCCCAAGGGC